AUGCGCCGCGCGAGCCGAGACUACAGCAAGUACAUGCGUGGCUCCGAGGAGAUGGGCAGCGGCGGCUCCAGCGCCCCGCAUGAGGGUGCCUUGCACCCCUCACCGCCGCCCGCGCCUCCCCAAACCGCCGCCGCCUCCCGCUCUAUGUUCGUGGCUCUGCUGGGGCUGGGACUAGGCCAGGUCGUCUGCAGCGUCGCCCUGUUCCUCUACUUCCGAGCGCAGAUGGAUCCUAAUAGAAUAUCAGAAGAUGAUACUCACUGCAUCAAUAGAAUUUUCAAACUCCACGAAAACAGAGAUUUGCAAGAUUCAAGUCUGGAGAGCCAAGACACGAAAUUAAUACCUGAUUACUGUAAGAGAAUUAUGCAGGCCUUUAAAGCAGCUGCGCAAAUGGAAUUACAACACACCUUUGGAGUAACAUGGUUUCUUUCAUUUCUAGUGAUAUUGGAAAUUCCACGGGCUGAUAUGACCAGAAGAAAUAAGCCUGAUACUCAGCCCUUUGCUCAUCUCACAAUUAAUGCCACUGACAUUCCCUCAGGUUCCCACAAGGUGAGUCUGUCCUCUUGGUACUACAACCGAGGAUGGGCCAAGAUCUCCAACAUGACUUUCAGCAAUGGAAAAUUAAUAGUUAACCAAGAUGGCUUUUAUUACAUCUAUGCCAACAUUUGUUUUCGAUAUCAUGAAACUUCAGGCAACCUGGCUUCAGAGUAUCUUCAGUUGAUGGUUUAUGUCAUUAAAACCAGUAUUAAAAUUCCGAGUUCUCAAACCCUAAUGAAAGGAGGAAGCACCAAAAACUGGUCAGGAAAUUCUGAAUUCCAUUUUUAUUCCAUAAACGUUGGAGGAUUCUUUAAGCUACGGUCUGGUGAGGAAAUAAGUAUUGAAGUCUCCAACCCUUCACUACUUGAUCCAGAUCAAGAUGCAACAUACUUUGGGGCUUUUAAAGUUCGAGACAUAGAGUGA